GCCGACAAUUCAACAAGAUAAUUCCAAUCACCCCAUGUGCCUUUCUUCCAUUUCUCUCUUCUUCUUCUUCUUCUUCAAAUUUUCCUCCCCAUUUCCCCUCCUCUUUCUCUGUCACUUUCCCGAGAAACAAACACCCCACCCCUAAUCUCUCGGCCCUUUGUCUUCCUUCCAUCAUGUGGGAAUCUGAAAAUGAGUCUGUUGGUGGCAGAGACUACGGCAAUGGCCUCCCCCCUUCCGCCCAACACGCUCUUAAGACAGAUGGCUUCGAGCUCAGAGGCAAGUCCUGGUAUGUUGCAACUGAUAUCCCAAGUGACCUCUUAGUUCAAGUUGAAGAUGUGAAUUUCCAUUUGCAUAAGUAUCCUCUUCUUUCUAGAAGUGGGAAGAUGAACAGAUGCAUAUAUGAAUCAAGAGACCCAGAUUUGAAUAAGGUUGUUUUGGAUGACCUUCCUGGUGGGGCUGAGGCUUUUGAACUUGCAGCCAAAUUCUGUUACGGGAUAGCUGUUGAUUUAACAGCAGCCAAUAUCUCUGGCCUCAGAUGUGCUGCAGAAUAUCUUGAAAUGACAGAAGAUUUGGAAGAAGGCAAUUUGAUAUUCAAAACCGAAGCGUUUCUCAGCUAUGUGGUACUGUCGUCGUGGAGGGACUCGAUCGUCGUGUUGAAAAGCUGCGAGAAGCUCUCGCCGUGGGCUGAGAACCUACAGAUCGUCCGCAGGUGCAGCGAGUCGAUUGCUUGGAAGGCUUGUGCCAAUCCGAAAGGAAUUAGAUGGGCAUACACUGGCAAACCCCCCAAAGUUUCUAGUCCCAAAUGGAAUGAUAUUAAGGAUUCAAGCCCCAGCAGGAAUCAGCAUGUUCCUCCUGAUUGGUGGUUUGAGGAUGUCUCAAUCCUCAGGAUUGAUCACUUUGUUAGAGUAAUCACAGCAAUCAAAGUAAAGGGUAUGAGAUUUGAACUGAUUGGAUCGUCGAUAAUGCAUUACUCGUCGAAAUGGCUUCCAGGUUUGGUAACCGAUGGAGCGAUCGCAGGUGAUGAAGGAAGUACCAGCACCACUAGUAACACAAGCAGUGGCAGCAACAGUUGGAAAGGUGGCCUCCAUAUGAUUGUGGCUGGCAACAAGGAAGAUCACUCGAUGCUUCAGGCGAAAGAUCAACGGAUGAUCGUCGAGAGUUUGAUCAGCAUCAUUCCUCCACAGAAAGACUGCGUCUCGUGUAGCUUCCUCCUAAAGUUGCUGAGAAUGGCAAACAUGUUGAAAGUUGCACCAGCAUUGGUCACUGAGUUGGAGAAAAGGGUUGGAAUGCAGUUUGAGCAAGCCACACUUGUGGAUCUUUUGAUCCCAUCCUACAGCAAAAGUGAGACAAUGUAUGAUGUUGAUCUUGUCCAGAGGCUUUUGGAGCAUUUCCUUGUUCAGGAGCAGACCAAUAUUUCGAGUCCAAGCCGACAAUCGUUCUCCGAUAAACAUAUGUACGAAGGAUCUCAAAGAGGGGCUGGUGUCCCAAAUGCAAAGAUGAGGGUGGCAAGGCUUGUUGAUAGUUAUCUAACAGAGGUGGCCAGAGAUAGAAACCUUUCCUUGACAAAAUUUCAAGUACUGGCUGAAGCUCUGCCAGAAUCUGCUCGAACAUGCGAUGACGGGCUUUACCGAGCUAUUGAUUCCUAUCUUAAGGCGCACCCUACGCUCACUGAGCAUGAGAGGAAGCGGCUAUGCCGAGUGAUGGACUGCCAGAAGCUCUCCAUUGAUGCCUGUAUGCACGCCGCACAAAACGAAAGGCUCCCAUUACGAGUGGUGGUUCAAGUGCUCUUCUCCGAGCAAGUAAAGAUAAGCAAUACGAUCGCCAACUCGUCUCUGAAAGAAGCCAGCGAUUCGCAGUUCCAACCGCUCGUAACAAACAGAAAAACACUGCUGGAAGCCACACCACAGUCAUUCCAAGAAGGGUGGGCAACUGCCAAGAAGGACAUUAACACACUGAAAUUUGAGCUGGAGAGUGUGAAGACAAAGUAUCUUGAGCUUCAAACUGAAAUGGAGAGCUUACAGAGGCAGUUUGAGAAGGUUUCCAAGCAGAAGCAGACCUCUGCUUGGAGCAGUGGGUGGAAAAAACUAAGCAAACUCACUAAGAUGUCAACUUUGGAAACCCCAGAAAAUGAUUCCCACCAUCCAAACAUUGGAGAACAGACUAAAAAAGUACACAGAAGAUGGAGAAAUUCAAUAUCUUGAGAAGAUCAGCAUCAUCACUUUCAUUCUUCAUUUGGAUUCUGGCUUCCAUUUUUUUUUCUCUUUCAUUUUGAUUUCCACUGGUCAAGAGAACAACAGAAUAGUUUCCCCUUUUCUUUUUCCUUUUUUUCCUUUUUCCAUAGCAAUCACUCACUUUGUGCUGGUUGGGAUAGGCUUAUAUAAAUCAUCCGUUUCCCAAAUUUGUAAUAAUUUCUUCUCACUUUUGGUGAGUUCUCUGCCAUUCUUUCAAAUCAAUUUUAGUAGUGAGGAGUCAAGAGGCUGGUCAUGUGAUUCCUGCAAUUGGUGAAAAUAAAAGCAAAUUUCCCUUA